AUGUCACUGAUAGCCAUUUCAGAAGACGGGCAUUUUCAAGAAGUUCCUGUGAUUGAUCUCCAGGACAUUCGGAGCGAUGACCCCAUACUCAGAGGUGCUUUAGCCUCUCAAGUGCGUGAUGCGUGUAUGCGCGUAGGAUUCUUCUAUGUUUCAAACCAUGGCAUUCCAGAGCACAUUAUCGACGGCGUUCUCGAGAUGUCCAAACGAUUUUUCGCUCUCUCAACCGAAUCCAAAAUGAAAAUCGAGCAUCGCAAGACGUCAAAUUUCAUGGGAUAUUCGCCACUUCUUAGCGGAAAUAACGACCCGGAUAAUGCUGGGGAUUUACAAGAAGGCUUUGAAUUUGGCUGGGAGGAACUUGAUGCCGCCCCAAAAUUUCACCCUGAUGAGAGUGGUCCUAUGGCCGGCGCCAAUGUGUGGCCAUCUGAGCUUGAACUGCCUGGUUUCCUACAAUGCAUGGCUGACCGCGUCUGUAGCCACUCCGCUGUCAACCUCGGACAAGCAAUGUUCCCCCUCUUCGCUUUGGCACUCAACCAAACAGAGGACUUCUUCGACAAUAAGGCCACAUUAAUGAAGCUCCUCCACUAUCCGCCUCAAACCGAGACAGUUGACGAACGGGUCAUUGGUAUAGGUGCUCACACGGAUUGGGAGUGUUUUACGAUCUUGUGGCAACAGCCUGACCUUCAAGCCCUCCAAGUUCUCAACAGUGAUAAGAAAUGGAUAAACGCUCCACCGAUUCCAGGGACUCUUGUGAUAAACCUUGGCGAUCAGUUUGCAAGGUGGACGAAUGAUAUCUUCAAGUCCACGGUUCACAGGGCCAUAAAUCGAAGUGGUGUCCGUCGCUACUCAAUCCCUCUAUUUUUCGGAACCGAUUAUAACGUCAAGUUGGAGCCAAUUCCGAGUUGUGUGUCUCCCGAUCGACCCCUCAAGUACGAGGUCAUCACCGCUGGAGAAUAUGUCAAAUCGCGUCUGCAAGCCACUUACAAUCACUAA